AUGCCGGAAGUGAAUACCCCAGUGAUCGCGGUGUGUCACGGGGCAGGUGACCCCUUCAUAAGUUCUCAUCUCAUUAGUCACUCCCGUGAACAAUCGGUUGUCUGGGGUUGUUACUUCCGCGAGCUUGAUGAUGCCGGAAGUGAUUAUCCAGGCUACCGAGGAUUAGUUGUUGAAACCGGAAAUGAAACGGACUGUCCCACUUCCGUAAUCUUUCGCUUCGCGGAAGUUGAUUGGGGAUCUCUUCAUUAUAUCUGGGUUAGGGUUAGUAAAGGCUUGUAUUUGCUACUCAUCUGUCUCAAUUGA